AUGGAAAAUCAAACUGUAAACUCCGAACAUGUUGUCGUCCCAUUGAACACCGUACGUCGGCUCUUUCAGCGUGAGCAAGAAGAUGCCCACUCAAUCGCCAGCCUUCAAACGUACAUUUCAUCUCUCGAAAGCUCAUUGCAUACUUCAGGGUGGAGAAUGCAGCAUGUCAUUAUUGAAAAGAAUGCCCUAUAUGCACACUACGACCAGCUUCACCGGGACUAUCUGAAACUUUUCGAAGCCUACGAGCACCUAGAGAAGCGGAUCAACUAUACCGGAUUGGGAAUCACAGAUCUCCCCCCAAAAGAGCGCCUCACGUCCGAGAAAAUCAUCACCGAGAAUGUGUGA